CGCCUAUAUCACACCUCGGCCGCCCUUCGUCUUCCCUACAAGGACUCCCAAGACCGCGAAUCUCUCAAGCCGAGAUCCAACAAUGGCACCAGAUCGGGCCGAGACGACGAUGUCGCGGCGCAAAAGGACGCUGCGUUCAACCCGUCCAAGACGGAUCCGACUCCGGAAUCGGAACUGGAGGCGGCGGGCCGCGGCAACGAGACGAACCCAUUGAAUGCAAGCGGCGCGAAUCAAGAGUUUAGCAAGCCGAUGGGAGAGGGAAAGACGGCGCACGAUACGGGGCCGGGCAAGGAGACGAGGAAAGGGGGGAAGAGUGGUAAA